UGUGUCGCAUUUCAUGCUAAACCGUUCACCACUCAAUCUCGAGAUCGCAUGCUGUGCAAAAGAUAAAUAUUUCAAAAAUUGGAAUUUUUUUUAAAUCAACAACAAAAAUGGAUACAAAGCCAAAACAGCAACGGUUCUCAGAAUUUCGACGCAAAAAACAAGAAAAGCUGGAUAAAGAUGAAAACCGUUUGAAUAAAAUUAACGCGGCAAUUCAAUUAUUUCUAAAGGAUCAAAAUGUCACGCCAUUCAUAUAUGCGGAACAAGAACACAACUUGACACAAAUUCAGAAACGAUUUCAUGACUUGUGCAAAAUGUCGGCACUAGAAGAACGCGAACUUGUCAGUGUCACGAUUCUAAAUGGAAAUUCACCGAACGAGGUUUAUUUGAUGCGAAAAAUGGACACGGAAGAACACAAGCGGUUCCAAAAUGUGUUGAAAGAAGAGUACACUACUGUAAAUGAAUACGAUUUGGUCUAUUGUUUGAAAUCUGGUUACAUCUGUAUGGCAUUUUCAACAACGAUGAGCUGGCAACGUUGUCAAAUACUGAAAUUAUAUGAAAACCACCAAUGCAAUGUGUUGUUGCUUGACGUUGGAAUAAUUGAACGCGUAAAUUGGACAGAUUUGCGUAUGAUCAAUGAAAAAUAUGUCAUGCACAAGCCGAUUGCCUUGCGUUGUUCGCUUGCCAAUGUUAAAACCACUCAACCCAUUGACCGUUAUUCACUGCAAAAGCGUCAAGAAUUCCUGAAUAUAUUGCAAAAUCAGCAGCACGAUUUUUACAUUUUUGUCAAUCGAUCGAAUUCAAUGUCAUCCGAUAUUUUUUUGUAUUACAAAGUGGACAAUCAGUUCGUUUGUGUCAACAAGUUGUUUACAUCGAUUGAGUCGGUGUCCGAAAAUAGUUCAGCAAGUGAAAUAACAUCGGUAUCAGAACCAAAUUCAAUGGGUACAAAAUCAGAACCAAAUUCAAUUCAAAUGGAACAAUCGCUAUCGUCACCAUCGGAUAAAGGUCAACAUUCGAUUCGAAUGAAAAGUUUGUCUUCGACACCAUCAGACCAAGUUGUGCAACCAAUUCAAAUCGAACGCUCAGGUGAACCAUCAAAAAUGGCCAUCGAACAAAGUCCAAAAUCAUCCGACAAAUUGAUUGAUUCGUGCAAAAUUACAAAGCCAUGGGGUGUGCUGGUGAAAUAUGUUGUCGGAAUUGAUGAAAUCUACGUACGUUUCACAAAAUAUACGGCCGCAUACAAUCAAUUACGUUUCAAAAUAAAAAUGUCCACGGAAUGUGAACCGAAAAAAAAUAAGUCAGGUUGGAUGAUUGGCGAAUAUUGUUUAGCUAUUGAUCCGGAUGACACGUCAGGAGAUUGGCUACGCGGAAAAAUCGUUGCAAUGAAUUCAUUUAAUUCUGGCUUUGUCUUCUUACGUGACAUUGGCAAAACAAUUGAAUGUAAACUGGCCAAUUUGCGGAUAAUCAACUCAGAACUGAACAGGCCACGUGAUUUCACGUGGAAGAUUCGUUUGGCAUCGAUUGAAUUGGCCAAAGAUUUACCAUCGAAUUCUGAUCCAAAUCAAUUGCUUCGCAACAUUAUUGAUUCGUUUGAAGAGCUGGCCUUUUCGGCUCUUAAAGACUUCAAUGAAAAUGAUCAGGGUGCCAUUCUAUGGGGCAUAAAAACGACAUGCAGUGCAUUGUCACCUGAUAAAAUUGAAUACGUUAACAUCAAUGAAGAGCUGGUUGAAAGUGGCGUUGCAACAACGACCAAAUCAUUUGAUGGUAUCAUGUCUGUAAUAAAUCCAGCGCAAGAGCAUCCUAGUGAAGAAGAUACAAUGAAGACCAUUGGUGAAGCAUUCAGAAUUGAUGACAUGCAUUUCGACAAAAUCAAUGGUAAUCUACCGAUGUUACAAGGAAAUGAUGAAAUGUGGCAAGUAACCGACAAACGAACCGAAGUGACAGCAUGGUUGCCAUCGGAAAAGUAUCCCAAAAAGAAUUUUGUUGCAUUCCCCAUGUAUGUCAGUCAAAAAUGCAACAUUUUUGUGCUCGAAGCAAAUCGCAAAACAACAGCCGAUCGUAUCGAGAAGAUGCUCAUGCAAAAGUAUUGUGGUAGACAACUCGAGCGAAGAGUUUCGAUUGAAUGGAAAAAGGAAGAUGCAUGCUUUGCACGUUAUGGUGAAAGAUUCUAUCGUGCAACCAUUCGACGUGUUAAUUUUGGAAAAAAUUUGUGCGUGGUUCGAUUUAUUGACUACGGAAAUUGCGAACAACUUUCACUCGACGAUUUGAGAAAGCCAACCAUGUUUGGAGACAUCCCGUCAUUGGCUCAUCAAUACCAAUUGCACAAUAUUGAACUCACAACGUGGCCAGAUCAUGUUCGUGAUUACUGCAAUCAGCUAGUUCUCGACAAACAUUGCGAUUUGACAGUCAUUGAAGCUGAUCGAAAUGCAGAUGCACAAGGAACAUCCGAAGUGGAAUACUGCAAACUGGACCUUCUUAACAAACACAAAGAUUUGGCAACAGCACUCAUUAAGUGCGGAUACGCUAGAUUGAUCAAUUGAUCUGCACAACAAACAAAAAUAUUUCACAUUUUUACUUUUGAUAUGAAAAUAUGAUGAAACUUAUACUAACUAAGUAUAAUUGAUUAAAAUUUACUGAAGAUAUUCAAC